AUGGAAAAUCACGACACAACAGACCUUGUAACGUGCACGCUUGCUGACUCGAGUGAAACAGGUCAGAUCAGCGUCAACAAAAAGUCAAAGAAGAAAAACAAUGGACCGACUAGAAGACGACGUUCCACUCUCUGCGAACACAACUCUCGUUACCGCCAGAUUGAUGGAAGGUGUAACAACGAACGGGAGCCUCAAUGGGGUUCAACGGAACAGCCCUUUAAGAGAAUCCUUGCUUCUGCCUAUGAAGAUGGAACCUUUGUACCACGACUAACCGACUCAGAUGGCAAGCGUCUCCCCAGUCCUCGUCUGAUCAGCACAAGGGUCCACAGGAGCAUCAGCCGAAAGACAAGUGACAACUCACUGUUGGUGAUGCAAUGGGGUCAGUUUAUUGACCACGACUUGACCGGAACUCCCGUCCAUUCAGAUGACCUCGCCACAAAGUGCUGUGAAGGUCUGGAACCAGGUUUUCAACACCCUGAUGUGGAAACUGGCGGCCCCUGCUUUCCUAUUAGAAUCCCUGAUAAUGACCGUCACUUCAACAAGAGCUGCAUGGAGUUCAUAAGAUCAGCAGCCGCCCCAGGAAUCAAUCCUCGGGAACAGAUCAACCUACUGACAGCUUUUCUGGAUGCCUCUAAUGUGUAUGGAUUAAAUAUUGAACAUUUGAACAACCUCAGACAUGGCCCUUUCCUCAAGACCAAGGGAGAUGAUCUUCUUCCCGAAUCAAAUGAAACUAUUUGCCGUCUUGAACAUUCCACUGACUGGUGUUUUGCUGCAGGUGACGAUCGCGUCAAUGUGUUCCCUGGCCUGACCGUCCUCCACACUAUAUUCAUGAGGGAACACAAUCGACUCGUCAGAGAACUGUCCUCUAUUCUUCCUACUGGCACACCUGAUGAGAUCCUGUUUCAAGAGGCCAAGAAAAUAGUAUCUGCCAUGUUACAACACAUCACAUAUACCGAAUGGCUGCCAAUCAUCCUAGGAUCUGAGGCAAUGGAGACCUUCAAACUGACACCGGACACAUACAGCUACGACAUCACCCAAAACCCGACCAUCGCUAAUGUCUUCGCGACAGCUGCGUUCAGAUACGGACACUCCACAAUCCCAAAGUUCCUGACCAUAGAUGGUCGGAAGAUGCCCAUAUCCAAGUUGUUUAACAGUCCGACGGAAGUGAUACGGGACCUGGAUGCAGUCCUGGAGGCUAUCUUGGAGAAGAAGAGACAGAAUGUGGACCGCUUUGUCACAGACAUGAUGACAGACCAUCUGUUUGAAACAUCAGGCAAGAACAGCCAUGACGUCGUAUCACUAAACAUCCAGAGGGGUCGUGAUCAUGGUCUUCCUUCCUACAACGAUUUCCGUCAGGCUUGCAACCUCAAACAGUUGGACACUUUCAAAACUGCCGUUUUUGGAAAUGCUUCAUCAGCUUUGAAGAGUACCUACAGUCACCCGCGUGAUGUUGACGUGUUCAGCGGCGCCGUGUCAGAGAUUCCAGUGAAGGGCGGGUCAAUGGGACCUCUGCUGGCUUGUCUGAUGGGUCAACAGUUUCACGACAUAAAGUUUGGUGAUUCCUUUUGGUAUGAAACCACCAACACUAACAAGGGCUUCACUCCAGAACAACUAGUGGAGAUAAAACGGGUUAAGCUGUCAAAGAUUCUGUGCUUAAACUCCGGAAUAAACAAAAUACAGAUGGACGCAUUCAAUGUGGAAUCCAAGAAAAGAAAUCCCCUACUAUCCUGUUGCGACUUGCCAACUCUAGAUGUGAACAAAUGGCGAAAGUAAAACACUGUUCUCAUCACGUAUGGCAUAUAUACGUAAACGAUUGGCACAACGGUUACUCUCUUCGUGCAAACACAUUCUGCCACAUAGUUUAACCUUGCUUGACAAUAA